GCCGGCAGAGCGAGAGGAGCCGAGCUGAGCAGCCGCUGCCACCUGAUCCCAUCCAGGCGCAGCGAGGCAAGCGACCUGCAUUCUGUGCUCUGGGCCCCUGGUACCCUCAGACAGGGCGAGGAUUUGAGGAUAAGGGACCAGAGGGAGCGGAGGGCAACCCUCGAUUAGAGCCGGAGGCAGAGCCAGCGCGCACGCAACAGGGUCUCUCUGUAGCCCCAGCUGUCCUGGAACUCACUAUAUAGUGGAUUUUACUUUCAAUUUGGACAAUUUGGCUCAAGAAUUUACAGUGGCUCCCGGGCUCCCACAGGCCACCAAACCCCCAAAAUCAGGCCUGUCCCACAUUGGCUGCCUGGGUCUGGCGUCUCCCAGGAUCUCACUGUGGCCUCCACAUGUUAUCGAGUUUGAGACCAUCAGGAAAAGACCACCAGAGACCAGCAGUCCUGCUAAGGCCUGGAGCCAUCUAGUCUACCAACUGCAAACCUGUCUGCCUCCUUAUUCUGCCAGGCUUCUCAGGAACACUGUCCCUGCUACCAGAGCCUCAGAAGCCCCCAUGAGUGCUAUUGAAGGAAGUCCUGGAUAGUGAAGCCCUGGCUGGUCCAGGAGUAGGCACUCCACCAUGCCACCCAUCCUCCAGCGCCUGCAGCAGGCCACCAAGAUGAUGAGCCGCAGAAAAAUCCUGUUGUUGGUACUGGGGUGCAGUACCAUAAGCCUCCUCAUCCACCAGGGGGCACAACUCAGUUGGUACCCCAAGUUGUUCCCUCUGAGCUGCCCGCCUCUGCGGGAAUCGCCACCUCGCCCCAAGCACAUGACUGUGGCCUUCUUGAAGACUCACAAGACGGCGGGCACCACGGUCCAGAACAUCCUGUUCCGCUUCGCGGAACGCCACAACCUGACCGUCGCCCUGCCGCACCCCAGCUGCGAGCACCAGUUCUGCUACCCGCGAAACUUCUCGGCGCACUUCGUGCACCCGGCCACGCGGCCUCCCCACGUGCUGGCCAGCCACCUGCGCUUCAAUCGCGCCGAGCUCCAGCGCCUCAUGCCACCCGGCACCGUGUACGUCACUAUCCUGCGCGAGCCGGCCGCCAUGUUCGAGUCGCUCUUCAGCUACUACAACCAAUACUGCCCGGCCUUCCGGCGCGUGCCCAACGCGUCACUCGAGGCUUUCCUGCGCGCGCCCGAGGUCUACUACCGACCCGGCGAGCACUUCGCCAUGUUGGCGCACAACACGCUGGCCUACGACCUGGGCGGUGACAACGAGCGCAGCCCUCGCGACGACGCGGCCUACCUGGCGGGCCUCAUCCGCCAGGUGGAGGAAGUCUUCUCGCUUGUCAUGAUCGCCGAGUACUUCGAUGAGUCGCUCGUGCUCCUGCGGCGCCUGUUGGCCUGGGACCUAGACGACGUGCUGUACGCCAAGCUCAACGCGCGCGCCACCAGCUCGCGCCUGGCCAGCAUCCCCGCAGCGCUGGCGCGGGCCGCGCGCACCUGGAACGCGUUGGACGCCGGCCUCUACGACCACUUCAACGCCACCUUCUGGCGCCGCGUGGCGCGCGCUGGCCGCGCAUGCGUGGAGCGCGAAGCGCGGGAGCUGCGCGAGGCUCGCCUGCGCCUGGUUCGUCGCUGCUUCGGUGACGAGCCGGUGCUGCGCCCAGCCGCGCAGAUCCGCACCAAGCAGCUGCAACCGUGGCAGCCCAGCCGCAAGGUGGACAUCAUGGGUUACGACCUGCCCGGCGGUGGCGGCGCCGGCCCGGCCACCGAGGCCUGCCUCAAGCUGGCCAUGCCCGAGGUGCAGUACUCGAACUACCUGCUGCGCAAGCAGAAGCGCCGGGGAGGCCUGCGGGCUCGGCCGGAUCCGGUCCUGGAUAACCCCCCACCGCGGCCCAUCCGGGCACUGCCCCGCAGCGCUCAGGGCACCUGAGUUCUGCCCUGCCCUCCCAGGAGGAGGUUGGCCCCUGGGCUUGGCCCAGUAGGGUGCCCUCCCCUCUCCCCCCAGGGGCUUGAUCCCUGUUGCGCAACUUGGAGGUGCAUCUGCAUCUGAGCCUGCCACCCUAGCGUUGGCUGAACCCCACCUUCCAGGAUGGCACCGAUAGGACACCCACUCCUUCCCAAUUGGUUGGUGACCUUGACAAGAGGGCUAAGGGCGGUCCAGAACUGCCUGCCCUGCCUUUUUCUGGGGACUCAGCACCUCACGUCUUUUCUGGGAGCUGAGCCCCUACCUGUGAAGUUGCACGACCACAAGCCCCAGAGAGAGGCCGAGGCCUGGGAAAACACUGUCCCUCCUGUCAGCUCCUGGGGUCCUGCUGCAGGCCCCAGGCCCAGGGUUGCAGAGGCCUCACACUGUCUUCCAAGUUCUACCUUCCCUACACACCUAAGCUGCUCCCAGACUCCCAGAACCAAGAGUUCUUGAGUUGGGCUUGUUGUUUGGUUUUUUUUUUUUUUUUUUGGUCUUUUUGAGACGGUCUCCCUGUAGCC